AUGAAAGUGACUUUAUUCAUGGCCAUAGCUUGGUCUUUGGCCUUUCUAAUAUGCACUUUAAUGGCGCAAAUGCUCUAUUCAGUUUACUGGAAACCCAGAGUCCUUGAGAGAUUCCUGAAACAGCAAGGAAUUAGAGGGACUUCUUACAAGCCUAUCUAUGGUGACAAGAAGGUCAUGCAGGAUAUGAACACCCAAGCUUGGUCUGUACCCAUGUCAUCCUUGAACCACAAGAUCGUUCCACGUGUCUCCCCUUUCGUUGAUCUAAUGGUGCAUAAUUAUGGAAAUGUAUGUUUGAGUUGGUUUGGGACAAUGCCGAGGUUGAUUGUAGCGAAGGCUGAACUAAUGAAGAUGAUACUGAAUGACAAAAGUGGGCAAUUUAAAAGGCCACCAAUAAGCCCACUUGUGGAUCUUUUAACAAUGGGCCUCUCAACCUUGGAGGCUGAGAAAUGGGCCACACGCCGAAGAUUACUCACUCCUGCUUUUCAUCAUGAGAAGCUACAGGGUAUGGUGCCAGAAUUUCUAGCAAGUUGUUGCAAUCUGAUUGACCGCUGGAAGAGUAUAUUGGCUGAUUCUUCAGAUGGAUGGAGUGAAAUUGAUGUUAGUCCUGAAUUGAAGACUCUUUCUGCAGAUGUAAUUUCAAGAACAGCAUUUGGAAGCAGUUAUGAAGAAGGCAAGAAAAUCUUUGAUCUUCAAGAAGAACAAACUGUGUUGGCCUUGGAAGCAUUUCAAGGCUUGUACUUCCCGGGACUUAAAUACAUACCCACAAAGAAGAAUAGAAGAAGAUACAAAGUGGACAAUGAGAUCAAAGGGAUUUUGAGGGAGAUUAUUCACAAGAAGCAAAAGGCAAUACAGAAUGGAGAAUCAUCAAGUGAUGAUGAUUUAUUAGGAUUGUUGUUGCAAUGCAAAGAACAAAAUGGCAGUGAUAUGACAAUUGAAGAUAUAAUUGAAGAAUGUAAAUUGUUCUACUUUGCUGGCCAAGAAACUACUGCUCAAUGGCUCACAUGGGCACUCAUCAUUCUGGCUAUGCAUCCAGAAUGGCAAGAAAAAGCCAGACAAGAAGUUCUCCAAAUUUGUGGAGACAAAACACCAAAUGCUGAUAUCUUGAACCAGCUCAAAAUUGUAAGUCAUUUUGGUACCAAAAAGUUCAACCUUAAUUUUUACACUUAG